AUAUGGAAGGAGGAGACAUAGCUAGGGUUUAUACCCCAACUGCAGAUUAUUGUCAGAUGGUGUGCACUUAUCAUCCAAGAUGUCUUUUGUUCUCCUACAUACCUGGAAGCUCGGUAAAAACUACUGCAAGGUUUUCUUGCUUCCUGAAAGAAAUUGAUACUCAAGAAUUACCAAAGAUUUACAGGGAAGGAAUAAUCUCUGGUCAUUCUCAGAAGCAAUGCACUCAAAUUACUGCUUGCAGUAAAAAAGUCUAUGAAGGACUGGAUAUGCAAGGGGAAAAUUACAAUAUAACUACUGCUGACAAUUAUCAUCACUGCCAACAGAGAUGCACCAAUGAUAAGCACUGUUACUUUUUUACAUAUACCUUAGAAUCAUUUCACAGUGCACCACUACGUAAUAAAUGCUACUUGAAAUAUAGCAGCACAGGAACCCCAAAUCAUAUAAGGCAGCUUAGGAAUGUUGUUUCUGGAUUUUCAUUGAAAACAUGCCAACUUGCCCAAACAGAUUGUCAAAUGGAACUUUUUCAACAUUUUGCUUUUUCUGGAAUUACUGUUGCAAAGGUUUUGACCCCUGACAAAUUUAUAUGCAGAACAGUUUGUACCUACCGUCCAAACUGCUUAUUCUUUACGUUUUUCAGCAGUGAAUGGGAAGUAAAAAGCCAGAGAUAUACCUGUCUAAUGAUGACUUCAAGAAGUGAAAAACCAGAGAAAAUUACAGAAAGAGCAAAUGUUAUAUCAGGAUUCAGUCUCUUGAACUGCCGUAGAGCCGAACCUGCAUGCCAUUCCCAGACCUACCCUGAAUUAAACUUCGGUGGGACAGAACUGAAUGUGGAAUAUGUCAGUGGGCACAACGCUUGCCAGCAACUUUGUACAAUGACCCUACGCUGCCAAUUUUUUACUUAUGUUUUCCGUAAAAUGCAGUGCAACCAACAAGGCAAAUGUAAAUGCUAUUUAAGAAUGUCGGCCAAUGGGUCCCCAGAUAAUAUUGAGGCUGAGAAUGAAAUAGUUUCAGGCUAUUCUUUAAGACUGUGCCAAACUAGUGAAAGCCCUGUCUGUGUGCAGAAACCAGAAAAACGGUCAAGGGUUGUUGGAGGAUCAAACUCUUCUGUUGGUGAAUGGCCUUGGCAAGUCAGUUUACACACAAUGCUCCCUGUUCAGAUCCAUCAGUGUGGUGGUUCAAUCAUCAGUGACCAAUGGAUUUUGACAGCUGCCCAUUGCUUUCAAAACUUUCCGUUAACUGAACUUUGGCGUGUUUACAGUAGCAUUUUGAAACAGUCUGAAAUAACAAAUGAAACUACUUUCUUCAAAAUCCAAAAAAUGAUUGUUCAUCCCAGAUAUGAAAUUUCAGAGUCAGGAUAUGACAUUGCUUUACUAAAAUUUGACAGAGCCUUGAAUUUCAGUGGCUCAAUCGAAGACACGCUACAAAAAGUCAAAAUUCCCAUAAUACCAAACACAGAAUGUCAGUCUCAAUACCCAGACUAUAGAAUAACUGACAAGAUGCUGUGUGCUGGCUACCCAGGAGGAGGCAAAGAUGCUUGCCAGGGAGACUCAGGUGGUCCCUUGUCAUGUAAAUUUGAGAACAACUGGUAUGUGGUUGGCAUCACCAGUUGGGGUGAAGGAUGUGCUCGUCCAGAACAGCCAGGUGUUUAUACCGUUGUGGCUAAGUUUGUAGAUUGGAUUCUGGAGCAAACUUUACAAAAUUAAAACUGGGUUAAAUUAAUCCUACAUGCUACUAAUUUCAUGCGGGUUUGUUCAAAUGCCUAUUUUAUCAUGCUUUUGCAUCAUUUUAAAAUUUUGGAAGAAACUGCCCAAAAAUUCAUAUUUAAAUGUGUAUAUUUUAAAUUUACUUUAUCAGACCAUUUCAGACCAUGGAAAUUCAGAUGAAUUUGAGAUUCUAUUUCAGUUUUUAUUUCUGUGUAUGGAAUAAGGUAAUUCACAGUGGAGUUUACAAAGAUGGGUUUCUGGCCAACAGAUAUGAAGUUCUUAAAGAAAAAUCUUAGAAAUGUAGUCAAUAUAUUAAUCUUGAAGAAUCUGACGUACUUAUCCAAUGACAUAAUAAUGUAUUAUAAUUAUUUUUUGAACCCGCAAAUGUAUUUUUCCUUAAUGUGAAUAAAUUUUA